UCCUGAAUUUUUUUUCCGUGUGUUAGGGACCAGUCUUUCCUUCUGGCCACAUUUCUCUCUGCAGUAACACACCCUCAAAGAUAUGAGACUGGAACGAGGGAUUUAAAACCAGGAGGCUGUCCCGCACUCCAGAUCAAUCAGAAGCCCAGCAUUAGGCCCUGUCCCUCCCUCCCUCGCCCCCUGAGCAGUCAGUCAUGGAGAACUCAUCUGUAGCCUCUGCCUCCUCUGAGGCUGGCAGCACGCGCUCACAGGAGAUUGAGGAGCUGGAGCGUUUCAUCGACAGCUAUGUCCUCGAGUACCAGGUCCAAGGGCUCCUGACCGACAAGACAGAGGCAGAGGCAGACGGAGAGGGUGACAAGAUCCAAUGCAGCGUCUCACAGUGGAAUAAAGACAGCAGUGACAGAAUAGAUGGAAGCUGGUCUUCUUCCAAAGGGAAGGGUUCCUCCAAACCAAAUAAUCAGGUCGAGUGGGAGCACAGUAGCAAUGACAGUACCGGUUCAAGACCCAGCUCUGGUUCAAGGCCUGGGUCUGGAUCUAGGUCUGGUAGCAGGGGACGAAGCAACCAGUUCAGGACCACAGGGAAGAAUGGAAACAGAGAUGACUCUUUUGACAUCCUUGGAACUGACAUUUGGGCUGCCAAUACAUUUGAGUCUCAUGGUGGCGCAACAUGGGAUCUUCAGCCUGAGAAACUGGAUUUUACUCAGUUCCACAGGAAACCCAUCCGGGGAACACCAAAGCACCUCCCUCACAUUGACAGAGAAGGGAUGGUUAAAGGAAAGUUCGAGGAUGAUGAUGGCAUUAAUUUAAAUGACAUGGAGAAGUUCCUGCCAGUCUUGCCGAUCGCACAUACAGUAGAUGGUGAUUUGAUCAACAGUGACUCCAAGGAAUACAUCGCUAAAGAUCAGAUACAGAGUGAGCAUGGAUGGAGUCAGUCUCAGAAAUUUCAAACCGGGGUCUACCAGCCUCUACCUAAUGAAGCUGAAAUUGCACAAACCAAAAAACUAUUCAGAAGGCGAAGGAACGAUCGGCGGCGACAACAGAGACUUCCAGGUGGAAACAAAGCCCAGCACCCUCAACAGCAGCAGCACCAACCACCACAACAGCCACUACAGCAACAACAGCUGCAGCACCAAGAGUAUUCACAGAGCAACACUAAACACAACCGGGAGCAUCCCCGGUCAUACCAGGGACAGUCGUCACACCCUUCAGGGAGACAGGGCUCCUCGCACCAUGGCUAUAGCCAGAAUCGCCGUUGGCACCACAACCAGAAGCACCAGCCAGCGCCCGGUGGUGGUAGUGAAAAGGACACCCCCAACAGAAACACCAAAGACACUGACAAUGUGAGGACAGAGGAGCCCCCCUUGGCUGGCCUGUGGACUAAGCCAGAAGCAGAGUUGGACAACAGCCAACCAGAGGGGCCUGCCCCGGCAAACUCAGAGGUGAAACGCAAGAACAGCCUCACAGACGGACACAAAGUCAACUUGCUUCAGUCUUCCAAAGAGAGGCUGAGAAGGAGGCUAAAACAAAAGGAUGAAGUCUUGGUGGAGACCACCAACCCUCAGAAGAACCGCAUGGACAAGCUGAUCGAGAUCCUGAACAGCAUGCGGAACAACAGCAGUGGCGUGGACUCCAAGCUCACUACAUUUAUGGAGGAGGCCCAGAACUCAACUAACUCGGAGGAAAUGCUGUCCGAGAUCGUCAAGACCAUCUACCAAAAGGCUGCCACAGACCGCAGCUUUGCUUCUACUGCCGCCAAACUCUGCGACAAGAUGGCCCUAUUCAUGGUUGAGGGGACCAAGUUCAGGAGUCUGCUGCUCAACAUGCUGCAGAGGGACUUCACACAGCGGGAGGGGCUGCAGCAGUCGGACGUGGAGCGCUGGCUCGGCUUCAUUACCUUCCUCUGCGAGGUGUUCGGCACCAUGAGGAGCAGCGCUGGGGAGCCCUUCAGAGUCCUUGUGUGUCCCAUCUAUACCUGUCUCAGGGAGUUGUUAGACUCGCAGGAGGUCAAAGAAGAUGCUGUCCUGUGCUGUUCAAUGGAGCUGCAAAGCACCGGAAAACUGCUGGAGGAGCAGCUGCCUGAGAUGAUGAUGGAGCUCCUAGCGGCGGCGCGCGACAAGAUGCUCUGCCCGUCGGAGUCGCAGCUGACACGCUCCCUACUGAUGGAGGUCAUCGAGCUGCACGCCCAUCAAUGGAACCCACUGGAGGCCCUCACCACCCAGUACUACAACCAGACCAUCCAGAAACUCACCACCUGAACAGAGGGCAGGGAGGGAAGCCAGGGAGGGCCGGAGGGGGGGUAGGAGGUGGGUGAAACGGAAAAGACUGGCCGUGCAGACAAGGACGUUGUGAUCCACCAUAUAAUAUUAAUAAACAACCAUAACAUAACGAAAAAAGAUAACUGCGGAGAGACAUCCCAGCAUGUCAUCUGGAAUCAUUCAGCAGAAGAGAUUGUGGGCUGGAGGUGGGGGAGGUGGGGGUUGUCCCUUCUUUUUUGUGUUUCAAUUCGUGUGCCAACCUUCCUCCCUCACAACCCCCCCCCCAGGGUUUUGUAUCAUAGUGGCUACAUUCACAGACUUCAAGCCAAGAUGCUUUCUAAAAGGAUGGGGGCUGAGAAUAGGCUAAAGAGAGGGCUAAAGCCAGGCUUGGUAUUGUUCCCAUGCCAUUGUGUGCAGACCACAGUGGCCGACGGGCAGGAGACAACAAGCAGCAGAUGUCUCGGGGAAGGACAAUGGAAGGCACGUUCCAAGCCAGACCUUUGAAUUGAAUAUUGAAAAAAUGAGAGAGAGACACAUAAUGAGACAUAAACAAUCCACUUUUAACAAGCAGUGCUUGUUCAUUCAGUUGUUCUUGUUUAUUAUUCUUUGAAAUUCUUUUUGUUUUAAAAAUGAUUUGAAAUUCUAGUAUAGACCUAUUGCACAGGUUUAAUUUAUUUUGCACUGUUUUAAGUCAAACGCUUAAAAAAAUAAAGACCAGUCGAAUGGAAUAGUGUUUAGAGCGUACAAGCAAUUUAAGUAAAGUUUUAUUGUAGGAAAAGAGGACAUUUGACAACAAGGGGUUUGUGGGAAGUUUUUAACCAUUUGGGAGCUCAGAAGCAGUGUAAACCACAUCAGUUUAGAGUUUAGCAUCAUUGUUUUGAACCUACUGUAUUGGAGUGACUUUAAAACUUACUGAUGGUAAGUGCUGCAGAUAACUGGAGAAAAUGUAUUUUCUCCCUGCAACUGGCAACCCUCAAAAAAAUAACGAAAGAAACUAAUGUUUGUCUGCUCGUUGCGAAGCUGCUCAAAUAGUGGUGUGUAAUUUUAACCAUUUUGCAAAGGACGUCUAUGAAAUUCUUUACAUAUGUUGUCCUUUUUUUUUUUUUUUUUUUUUUUUUUUUUUUAAAUGUGGGUUUUGCAGCUCCUAAGAAUAUGUUACCAUUAUAGUAUUUUCACUUACUGGCUUACUGCUGAGAUGUAGACAGGCCAAGCUAAGUGGUUGCAUAUAUAUUCUAUAUAUAUAUAUAUAUAUAUAUAUAUAUAUAUAUAUAUAUAUAUAUAUAUAUAUAUAUAUAUAUUCCUAUGUAGUAUAGAAUUAUAAUAUUGGGAGACUUCAAUAUCUAGGACUCACACUUCAGAGGACAGUGGUUGGAAAAAUAUGUUUGUGUUCAACAACCCUACAGGUGUUUUAAAUUGGGCAAGUCCCUUUUUCAGACUGAGCAUUUGCUGCCAUUCAAUGAACCCUGGAAGACAAGCUUAAAUUUGUAGUGCUGUUGGGCAAUUAGUCACCUUGCACCCUGUUUCUGCAUGAAAGUGUGAAAUCCAGCUCUACAUGUGAUCAAUCAUGUUGUAAUCUUCUUUUCUAAUGUAGUGAUCACCCUGUUUUUGUUUUGUUGUUUCCAUUUUGAAGUCCUGGCAGACAUGCUUGUUUUGCUCAGGUGAUCGCUAAACAAAAUGUGCUUCAUCAAAGUCAUCGGAACCCUUUUCAAUUGCCCCAAAUGCUUUUCUUUAUUUUUUAUUUAUUUUUUGUACUAUGUUUCUGUUUAGCAUCACAUGGUUUUGCCAGGUUUAAAAUAUAGUUUCUCUUGUGAUAAUGUGUGAAAUUAAAUUGUAUAUGCCCCAUCAGCUGCCACGAGACUCUCUAUUGACCGAUUCAGCAUAACUUAUUAAACAUCAAUGAAAAAUGAAA